GGCAAGUGGAGCUUGGCAGCCAUGUCGGCCCGGAUGCUGAGGCGGGCGCUGCGCGAGCGGGAGAGCCAAAUCGACGAAGACGAGGAGCAAGAUGACGCCGCUACCGCCGGCACCACCAAGGAAUCAGCUGGGCCGAGCAUUUUCAGCCUUCUCGCAGCUCAGGACGGUGAGAACGAGGAGGAAGAAGAGGUGGAACAACAGGAAGAAGCAGAAGAAGCGCCUGCGAUCUCCAAGCCAGAUGCCAAUCUAGGAGAGAAGAACAAGAGCAAGAACAAGACGAAGAAGAAGAAGAAGAACAAGAGCAAGAAGAAUGACGCAUCGAGUAAACUAGAGACUGACAAGGAAGAGGGGAGCGAUGAGAUCUUGUCCAAGCUCUUGCAGAAUGUUUCAGUCCAGCAGCAGGAGAUGGAUAGACGAGCGGCCGUCAUCUCGGUGGAUGCCAAGGACUUACGGCCCAAAGAAGAACUCAGGCUCAUCUUCGGCUCCAAGGCGAUCCACUCGGUGGAAAAGAGUGCUCGCCAGCGGCAGGGAAGACUCUCGGCUCCGCGUAGCGGCAGGAAAUGCUUGGUUGUGCCGAUGGGGAAUUGGCCGAGAUGGGACGGAGGUGUGUCGAUGGAGCUUGUUCACACCAAGGACGGUGUCAUGACUUUCAGGUACGUGUACUCGGCAGACUACUUGGAAGUCCAGAAGGCAUUCGAGGCAUGCGUCUCCUCCCACGAUCCCAACAAGAUUGCGUCGCUGCUCCUGGCUCAUCCUUACCAUGCGGACUCGCUGCUCGCCUUGGCCGACGUUUACAAACACAUUGGCGAGCACCAGCAAGCGGCCACCUUGCUGGAGAGGUGCCUCUACGCACUGGAAUGCGCGUGGAGUCCCUUGUUUGAUCCGCUGGCUGGAAAGUCCCGGCUCGACUACUCGUGCAAGGAGAACCGGCCACUCUUCUCGGCUCUCUUCAGCUACAUGCAGCACCUGGGAAGGCGAGGCUGCCACCGAACAGCCAUGGAGUUUUGCAAGGUGCUGCUGUCACUCGAUCUAGACGAUCCAACUGGUGCCAGGUUCUGCAUCGACUACUACGCUUUGAGAGCGGGGCAGUACUCGUGGCUGGAGGCUUUCGUGGAGAGUUUCUACGACGACCAGUCGGUGGCUCUCCUUCCAAACUUUUCCUUCUCGCUGGCAGUUGCGCGCUACUAUCUCGAGCAGAAGGAAGAGGCAGCUCCAAAUCCAAUCAGUGAAACAGUCCCGUCCUCGGAUCUCUUGCAGCAGGCUCUGAUGCUUCAUCCUUCGGUGCUGAGCAAGAUCGUCGCGCGAGCUCCGAUUAAGGAGGAUGCAGCGUGGAGCAAAGUGCUCAAGCACCGGCACUUUGCAAGGGCGACUUCCGGGGGGCCGAGCCUGGAGCACUUGAUCAACAUCUACAUCGAGAGGAAUUAUCUCAUCUGGAGAGUCCCGGAACUCCAGGCCUGGCUGAAAGACGCUGCAGUGGCCGUGUGUGAAGCGAGGGGUGGAGAGUCUGCGACCUGGGCUUGCGCUCGAGCGGAAGCAUUCCAAGCUGACCACAACGAGUAUCAGCAUCUUUCAGUAUCGGAGUUCUCUGAUAGAACACCCACGCUGCCUCCGGAUGAAGAAGCGGGGGCUGCAGGAGGAGGACCAAAUGUGGAGGUUCCUUUGGACGUUCCUUUGGUAGACCGGAACGCGUUUGCUGUUUUCGUGGAGUCCGUCUUCCCAUGGAUGAACUAUGGGGGCGGAGCUAAUGCGGGUGCCGCUGAAGAAGACAGUGAUUAAACAAGAAAUCUCGUGGGCAAAAAAAAACGAAAGAACAAGAAAUCCAAUGAAAGUAACAUCACAAAGAUUAUGAGCCAGAGCAGAAUCUUUUACUCUGUUUUCCAUGGUUCACAACCUUGCCAUGGAUGAAUUAUAAGAAGAUAGUGAUUAAGCAUGAAUACUUUUUGA